UCAUCUCCCAUCAUCCUCUGCAGGGUCACCAUGUCUGAAGGAAUUAUGAGUAAAGCUGCCACCAUGGAGAUCCCCAUUAGCAGCAAUGGUGUCUCCGGGACCCUGAAUGAAGAUGAGAGUUUGGAGCAGGAUCUGCAGCAAGUUAUGGUUUCCGGCCCCAACCUGAACGAGACGAGUAUCGUGUCCGGUGGAUACGGAGGAAGCACAGAGGGGAUCAUUCCCACCGGCAACCUAAAGGGGCCCGCGGUGCAGAUAAACCCCCGCUACAUUGGACUGCGACCCUUGACGGCAGAGGGACAAGGUUUCUGGACUAGGUCUCAGCCGUCCUCGCACCCUUCUCUCACCUCUGAAGAGCUCUCUCGAGGGGUCGCUGUGGAGAAAUUUGACUUGGUGAAGAAAUGGGGCAUUAAUACAUAUAAAUGCACAAAGCAGUUGAUCUCAGAAAGGUUUGGCCGCGGCUCUCGCACGGUGGAUUUGGAGCUGGAGACUCAGAUCGAACUCUUGAGGGACACGAAGAGGAAAUAUGAAGGUGUCUUGCAGCUGGCCAGAGCCCUGACCGCUCAUUUCUACAGCCUGGUUCAGACGCAGCGAGCGCUGGGGGACGCCUUCUCCGACCUCAGCCAGAAAUCACCAGAGUUGCAGGAAGAGUUUGGCUACAAUGCAGAGACUCAGAAGCUCCUGUGUAAGAACGGGGAAACCCUGCUGGGGGCCAUUAACUUCUUCGUGUCCAGUAUCAACACCCUCAUCAACAAGACCAUGGAGGACACUCUGAUGACCGUCAAGUUAUACGAGACAGCCAGACUUGAAUAUGAUGCUUAUCGCGCUGACUUAGAGGAGCUGAGCCUGGGUCCACGGGAUGCAGCCACCUUGAACCGCAUCGAGAUCGCCCAACAACAUUUCCAGAUACAUCGUAUGAAAUAUGAGAAGCUGCGUGGAGAUGUUACCAUAAAACUGCGCUUCCUGCAGGAAAAUAAGGUGAAGGUCAUGCACAAACAGCUGCUUCUCUUCCAUAAUGCCAUCUCCUCCUAUUUUGCUGGGAAUCAACAACAACUGGAAGCUUCACUGCAGCAAUUUAACAUCAAGCUUAGCAGUGCGGCCAGUGACAAACCCUCGUGGUUGGAGGAGCAGUGACUCCCUCUCCCCGCCUGUACAUUUGUGAUUGCGUGUGUUAUAUAUAUAAAUAUGUCAUUGUUGGUGUGCAUGAAGGAUAGGAGUAUGGUGUUGGCAAGUGUUGCUGUGUGAGUGGAGUAUAGUUCAGGUUUUGAAGAGUGAGUGAAGGAUGUGUUGCGGAG